AAAACCUGCCACCAAGUGGAAAGGAAAAGUACGGUUGUUACUAUAAAUGGAACAUAUUACAAAUGUAACAUAUUGUAAGCUUCGUUGUUGUAUGUAGAAACGUGUGCUGAAGGCGCGAACUCCUCACGCAGGAGCCCAUAUUGGACCCUGUAUCGGCGGGUAAUCGGCACCCUAACACUAAACCGUCGAGGGGGAAAAUGCUGCUUUGACGACUCGGCUCUUCACCACCGCCGCCAGUUGAGGGGGGAAUCAAACGUGCACCCCCGCCCCUUCUCUAUGUGGAAGUAGGAGAACGCCAAAGGCACGUUGCAGUGUUGCUCGCCGUCAACGCCCACUUUGAGGUGCUGCUGCUGCUGCUGCUGCUGCUGCUCAUUUUCCUUCUGGAAAGGCUCAUCGCACCAGGCAGGGAAGCGGCAGGGCAGCUAGGCAGGGGAGGGCGAGACCGGGACGAGGCGAGUGCCAUCAGCGACAUACAGCUUGUCAGACAAAUGAUGGUGCCUUGCUAAGGAAAAAAAAACAUCCAGGCCGGGUUUCUUCGCUCUAUCGCCAUCUAAGCCUGCUGUGUUUUUUGUUGUUGUUGGUUUUUUUAAGGGAUUUCACCCACCAUUUAAGCUACAAUCACCCCGCCAGAAAUGGGAUUUGUAUGACUUGACUGAUUUAUCGGAGGUCCAACCUGCAGAGGAAAUCGAAGGUAGCUAUCGUCGCCGUCUGGUGCCUCGACGCUGCCGCAGAGAGCGACACCCCCACAACGGCUCGGAUCGUUAAAGCCCACCACUGCACCUGGACAACAUUGGAGCCGCUGUGUUGUCCAUAGCUAAAUAACGCAAACGUGCCACGGUGUGCUAUUUGCCUGUAUGAUGCCGACACAUUUGCGUUUCCGGAGAAGGUCAUACCUUGGGCUUUUAUUCCUUUUCUCACUUUCAACAUCGGCGCUCUAUUUCAUCUACUCCGCUCCUGGAAUCGUGAAUGAGUAUGUGUUCAUGGUCCAAGCCAGAGGGAUCCAGAUCAGAGAAAAUGUGAAGAACAUUGGAGCUCAGGUCCUGGAGCAGGUGGUGAGAGGUGCCUACAACAUCAAUGGCACAGAUUACUCCUAUGACUUCAACAUGAGCGAAAGUGAUGCUCCACCCACUGCAUACCUUCCUGAGGACUUCACAUAUCUCCCCUCACAAGUUUGCCCUGAGAGGCUGCCCUCUAUGAAAGGUAGAUUGGAGGUGAAUAUGAGUGAAGUGUCGUUGGAGGAUGUGGAGAGAUCACUGAUGGAGCAAGAGUCUACUAUUGCCUCAGGAGGCUACUGGGAGCCCAAAGACUGUUUACCCCGUUGGAAGGUGGCAAUCUUAAUCCCGUUCAGGAACCGACCCGAGCACUUGCCCAUCCUCUUGAGACAUCUGGUGCCAGUGCUACAGAAACAGAAGCUCCAGUUUGGCUUUUAUGUUAUUGAGCAGGCUGGCACGGAGCCAUUUAACAGAGCAAUGUUGUUCAACGUGGGCUACAAGGAGGCCAUGAAGGACCUGAAUUGGGACUGUCUUAUCUUCCAUGACGUUGACCACCUCAUGGAGAAUGACAGGAACUACUAUGGCUGCACUGACAUGCCCAGACACUUUGCAGUCAAACUUGACAAGUAUUCCUACAUGCUUCCGUAUAAUGAGUUCUUUGGCGGUGUCAGUGGCAUGACGGUGGGACAGUUCAAAAAGAUUAAUGGAUUUCCUAAUGCAUUCUGGGGCUGGGGAGGAGAAGACGAUGACCUUUGGAGCAGGGUGCUGUAUGCCAAUUACACCGUAAGCAGACCACAUGGAGAGCAGGGGCGCUACAAGUCCAUUCAACACCACCAUCGCGGAGAGGUCCAGUUCCUGGGAAGGUAUAGUCUUCUCCGCCACUCAAAGGAGAGGCAAAGAGUGGAUGGUCUGAACAACUUAAACUACUCCCCCCUGGUGUCCAGGAGACCUCUCUACACCAACAUCACGGUCAGCUUGAGCAGAAACCUUGCACCUGUAGCCGACUACUGAUGUAGACACAGCUGGACUGAGAACCACCUGGGAAUCAAAAGUUCUCUGGACGUCAGCCAUAUCUCACCAGUUGCGCACUGCUGAAACGCGUUUUAGUUGAUUCUUGCUGUAUUUCUUUUGUGGGUAUGCAAAAAAAAAAAAAAAAAAAGUACGAAGACUCAAAAUGCUCCAAAAAUGUGUUGGAUAAAACAUAUAAGACGAUAGGGUUAAUGCUGCACUUGUUUGUGCCACAGUCCAUCACUCCACUCAUCUGGGCUUAUCUUGUCUUCAACGUCCACAUGCCUUUUUUCACCAUUUUGGCCUUCAACAUCCAUUGAUUCAUUAAUUGGUCCGAAGAGAUGUCAUCCCUGCGAUUUCAUUUACAUAUGUUUCAUAAAACAGGCCGUGAAACUCACUUGCCACUUAUGUACGCACGCAGCAGUUCUGACUCGCGAGGUGAUGAUGAUGCCGUGGUCUUUUAUUUUUUAUUUUUUGCUUUUGCACAUCUUACACAAAUGCAGUAGUCCGGUUAAAAAAAAUUGCAUGUACCCACUCACAUGCACACACACCUUUUACCGCGUGGAAGCUUGCAGCUGGUUCUGCAAAAGGUAUGCCAAAAUUUACAAGUGAAGAGAACGAGAGAAAAUUCUAUGAAGAGUGAGUGUUUUCAAUCAUCUAUAUGUGAGAUAGUUUAUGCUAAAUUUAGAAUAUAUUAAUAUCUUGCUCAUUUUUACAACUAUAUUUUACCCUGUGAACAUACCAUUCGAAGACUGUGAUAUUUGUGUUGUUGCUUUGGAUGUACCUGGCUGUCAGCGAGUGACUGUGUGUGGGAGAGCAUCGCUCCUCCUGUUAGCAAUAAGCUGUAAUAUCACACAGAUGAAUUUAGACUGCCUCAUGAUACAGAUGCAAUAGCACAGGUGCUACAAUAUCCUCGCAUUUGACAGAGAGGGAAGGACUGCAUAUGCAUACGUUGUAUUCGUUGCACCUUUUCCCUAAGUCAACAUGCCACCCAGUAAAGAACAAUGUCUUUUGGGAACCUGUCUAAGUCGGAUGGUGAGAGCUGAUGCAAAUAGAUAGUUGUUGUCAUGUCAUCAGAAUCAGAGUGACGGGAUGACCUUAGACCCCAUUUUGUUUGCGGCGUGUAAUCACAGACCUGGGAAUGAGAAAUUGUUCUGUCACCUCCAUUAUCAUACGUGUGAACCGGAGGUAUAGGACUUGAUUGCUGUCACUGUCCAGAUGGUGUUUACAGAAGCUUUUGAUUUGUUAUUUGUUAGAUUGCAUAAUGUUAAUGCCUCCGUUAGCCGGCCCGCCUGCACUACGGGGUUCUGUGAUUACUGUAUCUCUUAAUGUAUUGAUGGCUGCCUUUAUUAUUUUUUGUCAACUGAAACCUCUUCCGAUUACUUACAUUUUUACAUAUACACAUCUGAUAGAGCUUUGCUUUUACCUCUCAUUUGGGUCUUUCUUGUUUGUUUGUUGGGUGGCGUGCAGUCGGACAUUGUGCACUGACACUGCCUGACACUCUGAUGGUACACAGCAGUCGAAUAAUUGCCCUUUUUUUUUCUUUUUUUCUGUGUGCUUUAAAUGGACCAUCCCACCCUGAACAUGAUGAGAAAAAUCGAGAAAAAAUUGUAGACAUUCCCCAAUGUCCUCAUCACACAACUAUUCCAUUUCACACAAAUCGCCUUGUAAGGAUUUCUUAAGAUAUAUGUUAUUUGUGUGUGUGUGUGUGUGUGUGUGUGUGUGUGUGUGUGUGUGUGUGUGUGUGUGUGUGUGUGUGUGUGUGUGUGUGUGUGUGUGUGUGUGUGUGUGUGUGUGUGUGUGUGUGUGUGUGUGUGUGUGUGUGUGUGUGGCGUGGAUGAAUUACUGUUGUGUUCCCACUGAGGCUGGACCUCUUUUAUUUAUUUGAUCUUUUAAGAAUUAUUUUGAGUAAUUGUUGCUGAUUUUUUUUUUUUGGUUUAUUUUUUCAAAUUGUUUGCAGUUGAUGCGACAACAUAGAAGUUGCGGUAUGACGGGCUGUGUUAGAUGCACUGAAUCAUGUAGUCACAUGUAGUUAUGUAGGGGUUGUAUGGUUCAGAUCUGUGUUCAAACCUGGCAACUGUUUCAUUUCAUGCAGAUGGCAUGUCUGAUGAAAUGGACUGGGACCAGUUUAGGAUGGGUGUGCGUUAAUCUGCAUAGCAGACGCAUCUGAGGACGCCAUUUUGUGUGACAACCGCAGAAGGAGCAAGAGAGCGUAAUAAAUGUUGUCUGUCCACGUGUUUCAUUGAGCUCCUCCUUUCAAGCAAAGUGAUAAUCAAUGGUGCUGACCUUUAGAGAAAGGGAGAGUCUACUGUGUGCUUGCUGGAAACAAUUUGAAGAACAUGUGACCACAGUCAUCCCUGUAACUUCAUUCCAACUGACAUGCAAAAACACAUUUUUGUUUUGGGUUUUAAAACCCAUCACAAUAUUUGGAGGUACAUGCUCGACUAUGAUGUAUUUGAUCUGUGCAAUUGGAGACAUGAUACCACCUGCUAAACCAUCAGUAGACUUGGUUGUGGUGCAGUGUGGCAAAGCUGAAGCACGUUUUUACCUCUUAACCAAUUGCUAAGGAGGUGCCCAAUGAUGCUCCUAGACAUUCGCGACAUUUACACAAAGCAUCAAAAGUUUUUCAUGCGUGUUUGAGUGAAAUGGCUAAAAACCUCCAGAGGUGCAACCGCACUCCAGAUAAAGAAAAGUUUUUGGAGAGUUUUCCUUUUCUGCACUGAUGAUUUAAUGGAGCCAAGUAGUGAGCAACUGAGCAGGUUCCUUUAUUGAUGUUUUUGUGAUACACUGUAUAUGUUUUACUUUAUCAUUGCUUUAAAUUAAAAGCUCAAUAGACUAGAGAAACAGUGGUUAAGGUAACAAGCGCCACAUGAAGAUUUGACAUUGAAGUGAUAUGAUUGGUUGUAUUAAGUCACCAUUGAGCUUUAUCAAUGAAGAACAAGCAGCAGCAUAUUCAACAAAAUAUUUUGUUCUGCCAUGAAGACAAGAACUCUAAAUCAGUCGCACUCUCAUGCUUUGAUCUAAAACAGGAAAUUGAGUAUGUAUGUAUGUAUAUAUAUGUAUGUAUAUAUAUGUGUAUAUAUAUACUGUAUAUAUACAUGUAUGUGUG